UCCCAUCUUCUUUCAACCCAUCUCACUUCCCUUCCAUCCCAUGGCUACUUAUUCUAUUUUCCGACUCUUCAUUUUCUCCUUCCUCAUUCUCAAAUCCCUCUCCCAAACACACCCUUCUCCCAAACAACCACCCAAAUCCCUCAUCCUCCCAGUCUCCAAACACCCUUCCACCCUCCAAUACACCACCCAAUUCAACCUAGGAACCCCUCUCAACCCUCAAACCCUACUUCUCGACCUUGGUGGCCGCCUCCUAUGGAUUGAUUGUGAGAAUGGCUACAACCACUCCUCCACGUACCGCCCCGGCCUCUGCGGCUCCGCCACGUGUUCCGCCGCCAAACCCAUUUUUGGAUGUGAACUAUGCUUAUUUUCCUCAUCAAAACAAGGCUUUUGCAACAACAACACUUGCUUAGUUGCCAUUGAAAACACCAUAACAACAACAGUCCAAUUUGCAGAAAUAGCCAUUGAUACAAUUUCAAUUGGCCCUUUUACCAUGGUCCCUAACUUUAUUUUUGGAUGUGCAAGCGCUUGGCUAAUAAAAGGCCUAGAUAGUGGUAUUAAUGGUGUGGUUGGCCUUGGCAGAACUCGAAUCGGCUUCCCAACUCAACUUACAUCGAGGUUUGGUGGGACCUUUCGUCGAAAAUUCGCCUUGUGCUUGCCAUCAUCCACUUCAAAAUCUAAUGGCAUCGUGGUUUUUGGCGAUGUUCGUUACGUUUUCUAUCCAAACUACAAUAAAUCAAAGCUCAUUGAUUUAACCACAAGCUUUAGUUUCACUAAGUUACUCGUUAAUCCGGUGACUACUGCAGAUGAUGUACAAGGAGAGCCCUCCGCAGACUAUUUCAUUGGUGUUACUUCAAUCACAAUUAACAAAAAACCCAUUAGUCAAAUUAACACAACCUUGUUAUCUAUUGACAAGAAUGGGUUUGGAGGAACCAAGAUUAGUACUGUUAAACCCUAUACUGUUCUUGAGAGUUCAAUUUACAACUUAGUCACUGAAAAUUUUGCUAAGGAGCUUGAAGCCAUGAAUGUGGCUAGAGUGGCACCGAUGACACCGUUUACGGAGUGUUUUAGCACAAAAAACUUGAAAUACAAUCUGGUUGGAGUGGAAGUCCCAAAUAUUGGAUUUGUGUUUGAGAACGAGGAUGUUUAUUGGGAACUUCAUGGGGCUAAUUUGAUGGUGGAGAUAAGUAGAGAAGUGGUGUGUUUAGGCCUUUUAGAUGGAGGUUUGAACCCUAGAACAUCAAUUGUCAUUGGGGCACAUCAAUUGGAGGAUAAUCUUCUUCAGUUUGAUCUUGCAGCUUCAAAACUAGGUUUUACUUCUACACUUCUUGAGCAAGGAGUUGAGUGUGCAAACUUUAUUGUUUGAGAUGUGUAUGUUUUCGUUCAAAAAAAAAAUAUGUAUAUGUAUAGACUUCACUAUUGUGUUUUGAUAGUGAUAAAAAUAAGAUAAUAUAAUGAGCCUCAGGUGAAUUUAUUAAUA